AUGGCCAAGCACAGCUAUUUGGUUCGUGUCCUAGCACUGCUCGUCGCGGGCUACACGGCGGCGCUAGCCUCGGCCACGACGACGACGUUCAUCGUCGGUGACGACCAGGGCUGGACGAUGACCGGCGUGGACUACACCGAUUGGGUCAAAGGAAAGACAUUCGCGAUCGGAGACAAACUAGCUGCUGCACACGGCCGGAUUAUUGGCACGUCGUGGCAAAUAAUCGCAGUGUUCAACUACCCGAGAAAGGAGCACACGGUGACGGAGGUGGGCAAGACCGACUACUUCGCCUGCGCCGGAGGCAGCGCGCUGAGCAACGACCGCAGCGGAUCGAUCAACAUCACGCUCACGGCGCCCGGCACGCGCUACUUCAUCUGCAACAUCCCAGGCCACUGCACCGCUGGCAUGAGGCUCGCGGUCACGGUCGCCGCCGGGGGUGGCUCGCCCCCGGGAGCCACGCCGACUGGCGACGCCGCGGGCGCCUCGGUUCGGCCGGCAAUGGGCUCCUUCGUCGUCAAGGCGAUCGCGUGGGCUAUGAUCAAGCUCGCGCUGUCCUGA